AUGGCUCCCCAGGGCGUGCCUUUGCUCUUGCAUGCCGGCAAAACUGAUGAAGGCCGAGAGUAUGCCGGCAAGUACCAGGCGACGAUUGACGUGUCAAGCGAUCCGGUUCCACAAGAAGGUAAAGUCGAAAACGGCUAUCCCCAGCACAGGGUCCAGAAACGUGGAUUUGUCUCUGCUAUUGCACCCUUCCGAAUGCUAGCCAGUCGGUCUCUGAUCACGAAGGAGUCACACGAGGGAGACUGCAUUUACAUGGAUGUAGAGCUUUCAGGUCAACCUGAAAUCAAACACAAGGGUGGAGACCAUAUUGCCAUUUGGCCUAUCCUGGUCGACUUUGCAGUGUCAGAUGUCGUCAAAAUUGUUCUCAGUGAGAUUGAAAAAGACAAAGCCGCAGAGAACGCUUUCUUGGCUAGCACUCGCCUCGCAUUUACCCGGAUUCUGGCUUAUAUGUCCACCCUGAAUCCAAAUAUCAAUUGGUUAUCUCUUCCACUGAGCUUUGUGAUCGAAUCCAUUCCAACAAUGUCGCCGCGAUGUUAUUCCAUCUCAAAUUCGAACAUCACAUCACCGAAGCAGGUUUCGAUCACAGUAUCUGUUAAGCCAACGCAACUGGCAUUGAAGCCAGAGACUGCGAUUUUUGGACUGACGACCCUGUAUUUGGCCUUGGUCGGUACUUCACCAUGUCAAGAUCCCGGGGCAAUUCAGAAGCAGAGCCCUCUGCAGACGAUACAGGCCCAGAUUAGGCGGUCGAAUUUUAAACUACCAACGGCAUUCACCGUACCUCUGGUGCUGGUUGCUGCGGGCACGGGGAUUGCCCAUAUGCCCGCGUUUAUUCUCGAGCGAGCAAGCAAAUGA